CUUCCGCGGCCGGGCGGCAGCAGCAUGAAAGCUGAACAUGUUCUCUGCCAGGACGUGGUCUGGAGUUUUCAGGGCUGUCAGACUGCAUCAUUUCAGAUCCCGUUCUAUAUCCAGAGCCUCUCCAAACCUGACUUUCGUGCCAGCCUGUCUUCCCCCAGAUCCCGCGGAAGUGGAGGAGCUGCAGCGCUUUGUUUCUAACUCCAAGAGGCUGUUUGUAAUGACUGGAGCUGGAAUCUCCACGGAGUCAGGGAUCCCUGAUUACCGCUCUGAGGGCGUUGGGCUCUACGCCAGGACAGACAGACGGCCAAUCCAGCACGCUGAGUUCGUCCGCAGCGCCAGUGCCCGGCAGCGCUACUGGGCAAGGAACUUCGUGGGCUGGCCCCAGUUCUCCUCCCACCAGCCAAACAAGGCACACCUGGUACUGAGAGACUGGGAGAAGCUGGGCAAGCUGCACUGGCUGGUGACCCAGAACGUGGAUGCCCUUCACACCAAAGCCGGGAGCCAGCGCAUGACGGAGCUGCACGGCUGCAUACACAGGGUUUUCUGCUUGGCCUGUGGAGACCAAAUCUUGCGUUCUGAGCUCCAGGAGCACUUUGAAGCUCUGAAUCCUACUUGGAAAGCUGAAGCGUUUGGAGUGGCUCCGGAUGGGGAUGUCUUCCUGACGGACGAGCAGGUGCGCAAUUUCCAAGUCCCAGCCUGCCGUAAAUGUGGUGGAAUCCUGAAGCCCGAUGUGACCUUCUUUGGAGACACAGUGAGCCAGGAAAAAGUCAGUUUUGUACACCAACGCCUGGCAGAAUCAGACUCCAUGCUGAUAGCAGGAUCCUCUAUGCAGGUGUACUCUGGUUACAGGUUUGCUCUUGCUGCUCGGGAGAAGAAGCUGCCAAUUGCAGUCCUUAACAUUGGGCCCACCAGGUUAGAUCACUUUGCAUCCUUAAAGCUGAAUUUCCGCUGUGGAGAGCUGCUGCCUUUGAUUGUUUGCACAUGACCCAACCAGCUGAGCUUCAGUAGCUAUCAGGAUUAAAGUUAUUUUUACAAGGACUCAUCUCAGAAAAGGGAAAACUCCAAUCCAAGAGGCAGCUGUGAGAUGCAGUGCUGAGGGUACCAGGAGAGGGCAGCAAGUCUCACACGCGUCAGCCUCACCAGUUCUCUCCACUGAAACCAUCUCCACGUAUCAGGAAACAGAAUGAGGAUGAAAAAAAAGUACUUUUUUGCCUUACCUUGCUGUUUUAAACAGUGCCUUUUCAUUCACUGGGACAGGAUAAUUGGACUACCAUGUCUGAGGACAAAAUACCUUUGUUAUAAUUAUCCCCAGAGGAGAAGGGGGGAACGGGGAUUUUGACCAGUUCUGCAGCUGAUCCUGUGGGAGAGGAGUCAGGAUGUCUCUUCAGCAUCAGUCUCAGAAGAUUCAUUACCCCAGCUCUCCACUGAUUGUACUUUUAAGCCACCGGGACGAUGAUUUAGAAUAAAUGAACAUAACAGUAAAUUUCCUGUGCAUUGUUUAUUACUAUAUGGUAAUGAGCAUAUCUACAACAUCUAUAUGAGGCCGAGAUGAAGAAGUUCCUUCUUUUUUCUGUUAAGUUGAUACAGCACUACUAAAAUUGACCUCUUUUAGAACAGGAUCAGAGCACUUCACUUUUUAAAAUAUUCCCCAAGAUAUCAUUAAGUUUGCUCAUGUGAGAAAGGCCUGAGAGAGCCUAAAAUUCCUAUACCAAAAGCCAUGACAUGAAAUUAGCUGAAACAACAGCUUUUGCUCUUCUCUUUUCUUACAACUGUUCCUCCUGAAGCUUGGAUAGAGGAGUUGAGAGUACCUUUUAAUGGAUUUUUCUUCUGCUCCUCUGAAAGUGGGUCUGCUUUGUUGGGUCAACCCAACUCUGAAAGUGGGGUUGGAGUUCCCCAAAGCAAAUAAAAGUUACUUCCUAUUUGGCAAAUCUUGUCUUUGUUUCUGGGCAAAUUCUCAGAGCAAACUGUAAUUGAGUCCAGCAGCCUGAGGAAGGUAUUUCACAUAAUGAGCUCCAGUGGGGGCAGCACACAAUGCAAAUGGUCCAGAGGGUUUGGUGCCUGUGGUGCAAGUGAGCCUCCCACAUCUUACAGUCAGAUUUCUCCUACUGACACACCGGCUUGUUCAUUACUUCUGGAAAAUGACCCAAAACCCUGGGCAUGGAGAACUUGGGAGGUUCAGUGAAGGUGA